CCUCUCGCUCGCUCCCAAACAGAACUUGGGCUCGUACGCUGUCGGCACAAGCUCGUAUCUUAUGUACGCACUCUAUACCCGCAUAACAAAACACAGCUACGAGGAGAGUCCCUUGGGGUAAGAAGGACGAGGGCCAUACUCCGCGUAUUCAACCUGCCUUCCAAACCUUCAGCCGUACGAUAUCCGCAUUCCCAAGCUGCGUAUGCGACUGCAUUUCUUUCUGAAACUCAAACUUCUGUACAGGAUUUCAUUCCAUAACGGACGGGUUAUUCUCACGACUUGCCCUGGUGCUGUGUGAAGAGCACCGGCGUCGAGCGGUUGGAGAGGCUCCGUGUUGGGUUGGAAGGUAGAAAAGCCAGCCGCGAUGGAAGCGACGACCUCCCAUCCAAUGGCCCAACCACGCCAUCACACCCAUCGCCCUCACCCAAGUGUUCAUUCCCUCGCCUCUUGCCCAAUCUCAACGAACGCGGUGGUGGUUGUCGACUACGAAACGGGAACGAUAAUAUCGGCCUCUACCCACGCGUUACGACUGCUGCUCGCUCCGUCUACCGACGUUGACGCUUUCGCGUUCCUGAACUCCAACCCACACGGACCAUCGCACACUUCGACUCUGGUUGUCGGACAAAAAUGGAGCGACUUUGUGCAGAUAGUGGAUGCUUCCACGAACGCGACAGCGAAGCAAAACAACCCGCAAUGUGUCCUGCAGAAGCUGACAUUAUGCCGAAUUCUCCCACGGCCGAUAUCAAACUCGCCCUUCCUGCCGCGGAGGAGAGGGGCGGCUGCUGCCGGCGCGGCCGAUGCAGGAGAGAAGGAGGAGGACAACAGCGGGUGCCUCUAUGUUCAGGCGUGCGGGCAUCGCGUGAACGAAUACGCCAACACCGUCCCCACCCAUGUACUAUGGUUCAUGGACGAUGUGACCCAUGUUCGGAACCUCUGCGUCGCUGUGAAGGUCGAACGAGAUGAGAUUCCGCCCGGUUUUGCGGAAGACGAGGGUGAGGAAGGCGCAUCAACGGACGAUGCGGGCCGUUCGAUACCGAGAAGCAUACCUGACCAGCGACCGCCGGAAACUCAAACAAUCGUGCUGCGCUUGAACUGUUUUGGGCGGAUCAUCCAGUCGUUUCCCAUGACCUCGUUCCUGGGUCAAGAUACGCAGCUCCUGCUCAACCGUUUCCUCAUGCGCUUUAUCGUCCAAGAAGAUGUGCCAGAACUUUGCAGAAGUCUCAGCCGCGCGUGCAGACCGUUCGGUUAUGCCGUCUUCAUGGUCAGGUGGACGUGGAAUACAUGGCUCGAGAUAGAGACCCACGAAACGGUUAAGAGCAAUCCGACGACAGAGGAGACAGGCACAAAUCAUAACAGCCUAGGCAGCCAGGAAACCGUAGUAAAUGAGGAGAGCGAUCCGGAAAAAGAACAGGAAGACGACGUGGAUCCUGAGACUGAAGAGCGGCUGGCGGAGAUCCAAGCGUACAUCACCGCGAGAGUCAAUUCCCGGGCGAGCUCGUUCGCAUCCAUGUCCGCCUCCUGUUCCGCAUUCGCACCUUCGGCGCCAUUAUCGCCAUUGCCCCUACCAUUACAACGCCACCACUCAACUUCCACGAUAUCGUCAGACAUGGAUCCGCUGCAGCAGCUGCUGUUAUCUGACCCUUCGUCUCCAAACGCUUCACCCGGUCGAACUACUUCCGUCACUGCUGACGUGGACAGGUCGACGACUCCCACAAUGUCAUCGGUGUUCGCGUCCUCAAAUACCGAGCCGCGCCUCGGCCAUCUCUGGACGCCAGAUCGGGACUCGACCCGUUCUCGCCAUAACAGUUUUCCUUGGAACCACGAUAGUUCGCGAGGCUUAGUGACCCCGCCUCUACCACCGCCACCCCGGUCUUUGUCGAGAAGGCAGAGCAUUACAGAGUUACCGCCAGGCCCAUUCCUACCGUCCCCUGAUCUGCGGCCAGCAGUUUCGACGCAGUCACUAUCUGACAUGAAGCCACCACAGGACGAGAACGCCGCACAACAAAAUUCGACCUCAUCACAGAAUUCCUCAUCACCUUCUCCCCACAUAUCCCACCCACCAUUCCCUCCCCCAUCGACAUGGGUGCACUUCACCGUCGGUCCGUGCCCCGCACCCGGGAACGAAUCCCCCGACCCAAGCGAUAUGAGCCGGCACCUCCUCUGCCUCGUACAGAUCGUCAAACCAUCCCCGCAGCAUUCACCACAACCUCCCUCUUCGCCCGUCGGGAGCAGGAGCCGGACAUCAACUGCGGAAAUCGAUAAUAGCGGAGCGAACACGCCUCGAUCGACGGAUUACAUCACGAGUAAACAGGCGCGUGCGGAACAAGAAUACUUUGAUUUCGAGUUCACGAGGCAGUUUCAGCGGAAAAUGGAACGGGACAGUGCCACCGAUGCAUCCCCACUCCCGCCCUCACCACCCCCCUCAAAACCCGACACCUCCAUACCGCGCCACCUUCAAAAACAACCCCAUCCCGCCCAACCCCCCGACACCUGGCGCCUCCGCAUCCUCACCUGGACAACAACCGCAACCGGCGUCGUAGGCUCCGCAGUCUGGAUCGUGUGGAAACUAUGGAGCUGGCCAUUGGUGCUCAUGUCCGAGGUCGGGGGGAUGAUCGUGAAGUGUUUUUGAGGCGCCCAGGGAGCGGCGCCCUGCCGCCCAGUUCGUCGCCGAGGAGGGGGCGAUAGGUGCGUGGGGUGCUGCUUGUUUGGCCUGGGCGGAAUAGGAGGUGGGAGUCGGGGAUGGG